UCGCUUCCUCUGAAUCCUCUCUGCAAAAGAGGCCCCGCCCCUUUCUCCUUCCUCCCUCCCACAAAAGCCCUUUCUUUUCACCUCCAGGCCCCCUCCCCUUCCCAAAUCUCCCAACCCCAAAGCUUGGCUCAUCUGCCCCCCUCUCGCUCUAGAUCUCUUUUCCCCUUUGUUUGCUAUGGCAGUUUCUACGAGAGGAGCCGGGCAGAGGGUCUUUGGGUCUUGGCCGGUUUCAUGAGUAGGCAGAGGAAUUCGCAUGGAGCGGUGUACCAGUUUUCUCUUUGUUCUCUAGCAUUUGUCCCUCUCCAUGGCUCGUCAUCCGCUCAAGAUUCGGCGCCUCACGAAGAACUAGAUGUAGCCAUUAAUACAGGAGCGGCCGGUCUCAAGUUCUUUUGCUGCAUUUAUUUUGAUUUUCGCCCGUGAGAAGAGUGGCAUCCAUUCAAGAUUCAGGAGGAGCGGGUGCGUGUUGAACUCGCGAGGAAUCGGGUUUGAAUUUCUUCCUCGUGGGCGCGGAGGCAUGAGGAGAGGCGGGUCCUCCUCCUCCUCCUCCUCGGCGGCCGCGAACGGGGGCGGCGGUGGCGGCCUGGCGAUCACCGAGCGGCAGAAGCCGGCGCCGUCGCGCGUCGUGGCGCUGUUCCAGAUGCUUGCCAAGAGGAAGCUCUUCUCCUCUUCCUCCUCCAAGAAGACCAAGCUGCUUGCCCCAGCGCGCGAGCAGAGGUUCUUCUCGCCGGGGAGGCCACCCGGCGGCGGCGGCGAUGGUGGGGAGAAGACGCCGGUGGCCAAGAAGAGGCCUCUCCUGCUUGAUUCUGCAGACUAUGCAAGGCGAAAAAGUGAAAGCCAUGACACCAAUCGCUUGCCACCGCCAACCCAAGACAGCAAUUCCAGUGAAAUGUGCACGCCGGGUGUGGUUGCCCGGCUAAUGGGCCUCAGCUCAAUGCCGGCUAUCAGCCAUGAAAGGUCAGCCAGAGCCACUGAUUCCUCCGCCUCCGAUGUCGACGGUCACCGGAAUGAAUGCUCUCAAAGUUUGCCUGGUAGCUCAGGGAGCAUGAGCAGCUUGCAUCAGCGGCAGCAGAAGCCAGGGCAGGUCAUGGAUGAAUGGCAUGAAAAUACCGGCAAGUUCAGCGCAGAUUCACAGGCAUUGUGGUCAGGGAGGCACCAGAAUCACAAGGUUGCUUCACCUCUUAAGAGCCCAAGGUCCAUUUCAAGCAGGAACAAGGCUCGGUUGAUUGAAGCGGCUGCCAGGGUUCUGGAACCCGGUCUGCAGUCCAGGAAUCGCCACCGGGCUCAGCGACAUGCACGCUUGGAGUAUCCAUGUAACGGCGAUGGUGUGGCGACUACUGCUGUUGCUGUCGUAUGUAAUUUGCCUGAUCAAUUCUCGAGGGAUACGCGUGAUGUUGAUGCACCAACGUCAGAUGCUUGCAACAUAGGAGCUACCUCUCUGUACAAUUCUACUUCUGGUCAGUGGUCUGAACAGAACUGCAAGAAGAUUGCUGCUGAUAGGAAGCCAAAGCAGAAUGUACCAUGGCAAGGGCAACCUGCAGGAAACAUUAAGGUCUUGGCUGCAAGCAGCUCGAGUGAGAAGGCUAGAGUUAAGGAGAGUGAUGAGAUGAUCUUCAAUGCUACUGCUGGUAAACAUCAAGACGUCCGAAAAGUCGAGCCGAGGAACGUAUCCCGUGGGAAUGUUGCUUCUGGCCCUCUCAAGCAGAACAACCUGAAGCAGAAUGCAUUGCCUACAGUUUCUAGAACAGAAGACCCACAACAUAUGAAUCAGAGGCAGAAACAUAGAAGUGGGGAGCAAUAUGUGGCAAGCACAGGGAAAGAUUUUGUUUCUUUAAACAAAAGUAUGAACAGCAGUACAUCUUUGAGGCCCAAAGGAAAAGCAAUGGAUGAAAUCCGCCUGCCACGUAGUAAUGCACAGCUCAAGAACCUGAGCACAAAAGGCCAUCGAACCAGUGGCCUACGUAGCGAUAGCUCUAACAAGCCAAAGCCAAGGAGUGCAUCACCAAAGGCUAUGGAGAAAGAUAUGGUAAUUGCAAAAGGCGCAGGGUUGGUUAGCGAGAAGCCAAAGACUGCCAGUGCAAACUAUGCUAGGAACGACUUGCUGAGACCGGUAGAGCCGCGCAAUGCUUCCAGGUGUAACGACUCGGACAUUGUUUCUUUCACUUUCAGCUCACCAAUGAAGGCCAUCCCUUCUUCUUUGCCCAGCAAAAAUAAUAGUGCUGUUCUGGGAUCUGCAAAUGGUCCUAAAAGGAACUCUCAUAGGGACAGUCAAAAUAUUUGUUCAGAAAAGGAAUUGGUUUACAGGGAAAAAUUACAAGGCCCAUCAAGCACGGAGACUGCGGAAUCAGUUUGCUUUAAUCGAGACGAGCUGAAGAACAGAGAUAUUCAUGGAAACAGAGUAAGAGUAACCUCUUCAUGGUCUGAGCAGGCUAGUGAUGUUCCUGUCCUACAAAGAUCGUCAAGCGAGGAACUUCUGCGGGAGCUAGACAGCCUGAUGCAUGUCUUUGGAGAGCUUCCUAAUUCUGUUGAGUUGCGUGAAACUCAUAAAAAGCUCGAGGCCAACGGGAAAGCUAAUGAUACAUCUCGAUCUGUACCUGGAGGCAACCGACAACGAGGAAGACUCCGACCUACAUAUUCAGAUGAGAACUGCACUUUUGGCAACUCAAACUACACUAAAGAGUCUCAACUCGAAGACAGACGCCUGUCAGAGACUUGUGCGCCGCCAUCUAGCGCGCGAGACGCGACCACCGAGAGAAAUGCCGGGCGAGCCGAGCCUAACCCAGGCCAGCAUGGCGCGCGCCGGCUUGCACCGGCGGUGCAGGGCAGCAAGCCAGCGCACGCUGGGCCUGGAGAGGUCACGUCGACCGUCGACCUGCUGCUAACGAGCGUUUGCUCGUCCGGCGUACAAAAUUCCAAGGAGGCCUUCCUCCAGAGGACGUCUGAAUCUGUGCUCGCCACCCUGACCCCGAGAAGCUCCGGCAACAACAACAGCAGACCCAAGGCCACGGGAGCGAACCCGCUGCGGAGCCUCGCGGUCGGCCUGGUCACGGAGUGCCUGGAGUCGAUGUCUACCCAGCUCUGCGACUCCGGCUUCAUGUCGUUCACGAGGCUCGCCGUGACAAUCCGCACAGAGCAGCGGCUGUCCGCGGAGGUAUGGAGGGAGGCGGCCAGGCGCGGCACCAUGGCCGGGCAGGCCCUGGACGACCUUGCCGCCGGCGACGUGGAGCGCGCGGUGGCGGCCGGCGUGGCGCGCGAGGCGUUCCGGAUCGGCGCGCUGAUCGAGCGGGACCUGGUGCAGGAGCUGGUGCACGAGGUCGGGCAAGACAUGCUCAGAGCAGCUGCCGUAAACUUGUAACAGCAAAGGAAUUGUUCUUUCGUGGUAACGGUAUUGGUAUAGGAGGAGUUGUGAUGAAGAUGUUUCGUUUGGAUGUUUGCCGUGACACUUGCAGAGCUGGCCGGCGUUCCACCGGCGCCCACUCGCCGGCGGCGGCGACAGACUCUACCGGGCGGCGACGCGGGUUUAGUAAUCCGGAUCCUAAUACUCUUUCAGAAAAUUAAAGGAAUCCAGUCCCUCUACUCUA